AUGGGUUCAAGUAAUACUCGUUUUCGUAUGACAGGACAAGAUAUUGUAAAAGAAUGCGAUGGCAAUAGUGAAGUUAAAAAUUUACACAUUCUUGUUACUGGUGCAACAUCUGGUAUUGGUAUUGAAACUGGUCGAAUAUUAGCACUUGCCGGAGCAAACGUUUAUCUGGUGGGUAGAAGUGAGACAAAAUUAAAUGAAGUUCGUGAAAAUAUAAGCAAGGAAAUACAGAAACAAUCAUCAACUGGUACUGUACAAGGUGCAAUUUGUGAUUUAAAUAGUUUAGCUAGUAUUAAACAAUUUGCAGAAAAGUUUAUCAGGGAUAAAUCACCUUUGAACAUUCUAAUUCUUAAUGCUGGAAUUCUUAAUUUUAACUUUGCUCAAACUGUUGAUGGCCUUGAACAAGUAAUGGGUGUUAAUCAUAUAGGCCAUGCAUAUUUAACACAAUUACUAAUGCCUGCUUUGAUAGCUAAUGCACCAUCGAGAAUUGUUAUUGUUUCGUCACAAGUACAUGUAGGUUCGCCUUUAAAUUAUCAAGCAUUGGAACAUAUGAGCAGUACAGCAGAUAAUGCAAAAAAGGGUUGGGGUAUGAUAAGCAGUUAUCAACAAAGUAAAUUAGCUAAUCUACUUUUUGCUCGUGCAAUUGCAUCACGAUAUAAAGAUAAACAAGUUACAGCUUAUUCGCUUCAUCCAGGUGUUAUUGAUACAAACUUAACUUCUAGUAUACCAUUGUCUAGGCUACUUACAAUACUCUAUAAGAAAAAAACGCCAGAACAAGGUGCAGCUACUACUGUGUAUUGCGCAUUGAAGCCUGGUUUAGAAAAUGAAACAGGACGCUAUUUCAAUGAUUCAACUGUUACACAUUUAGCGGAUAAAUGGACAGAUGAAGAUAUUAAUACACUUUGGGAAUGGACAGAAAAAGUCAUUCGAGAACGAACAACUAAUUUAUAA